UGCUAUCACAACCCACGUAAAAUUUGGCGCACUCGACGCGAUGAACUACAAACAGACACUAUUUUUACUACUUGUUUACCAGUGCUACUUUUUGGCAAGAGUUAAAGCUUUAGAGAUACCCCCACAUAUGAAGUCGGGCGCAAAGAAAUUGUCCAAUAUAUGCAUGAAGGAAAUUGGGCUCACGGAAGACAUGUUUCAAGAAGUCAGGAAAACCGGCCAAUUGCCCAGUGACAACCGAUUCAAGUGCUUUUUGCAUUGUAUGUUGGAUAAAAUCGGUUUGAUUGAUAAGGAAAAUAUUGUUCACUUGGACAAUAUUUUGGAAUUACUGCCCCCUGAAUUUCUCCCGAUAAUAGAACAACUGCAUACAACCUGUGGAACUAAAAGUGGAGCCGAUGGCUGUGAAACGGCGUUUUUGACAGUAGAAUGCUACAUUAACACGAAUCCAGUAAUAUUAAAACUUGUAUUCGUAACCUUCUCCGAUUGA